AUGCAAUCCGGUUAUAACAACUUGAAUAACUCAAAAAGUUCUUUAAAUAGAAUUUCUGAAAAUAUAUUAACCAACAAUGAUGACAACAAUAAUAUCGAUAAUGGCUCCAAAAACAUAAAUCUAAAAUUUCUCAACAACUCAAUCCCAACCUUAAAUUCCCAACCACUGUUGAAAUAUAACACCUUGCUAUCUCAAUCAAGAUCCCAAUCUCAGCUCUCUUCUCCAAUUCAGCUCACUCCAAUUUCCACACAAUCACAAUCACAAUCACAAUCUCAAUCACAAUCACUAUCCCAAAAACAUUCUCAACCUCAACCUCAACCAAAAAGACGUAGAAUAGCAAAAGCUUGUGACUACUGCAGAAAGAAAAAAGUCAAAUGUAAUGGUUGUGCCCCUUGUCAAAGCUGUAUAGAUGCAAACCAAACUUGCGCUUACACUCAUGUUCAAAAAAAAAGAACCCCUUCAAAUAGACCCUCCAAUGCCAAAACAAUAAAGGAUUUAGAAGGCAGAUUGGGCAAGAUGGAAGAAUUAAUGGAAUUACUAGUCUACAAAAUCGAUGCAAAUUUAAAUAAAAACAUCAAAAAUAAAAACAUAAAACAAACUUCUAGAAGUAAUUCUAGAAAUAAACUCAAAAGCUCAAACAUAAUAAACAAAGACAAACACAAAAUCAACAACAAAAUCAUUAAAAACAAAAAACUAAAUAGAUCCAGAAAUUCUUCUAUAAAUAAAAAUCUCGAAAACAAUUGCGAAACUGAUAAUCAUCAUGAAAACGACAUAGAUAUAGAUAUGAACAUCGACAUUGAUUCAGAACCAGAAAGCUACAACCAAGAUGAUGACUAUUAUAAUGAUAAUGAUGACGAUGACGAUGAAGAUGACGACGAAGAUGAUGACGACGACGAAGAUGAUAAUGAUGAUGACAGUGACAACGAUAGUGACAAUGACCUUAGUAACGAUAACGAUAACGAUAACAAUCCUGAAAACCAAUCGAAAGAUAAUGCCCAACAGUAUACACAACUUGAAAGGCUAAAAUCUGACAAAAAAACACCCUUGGAACCCAUUAAUACCAUUAAUGAUAAUACCCGUAAUGAACAAAAUCUUUCUCUUUCACUUGUCACCUCUCAAUCCAAAGAUAAAUCCAAUUCCUCAUCAUUCUAUCAUGAUAUAAGCACUUUCCAAGAAGAUAAUCCUGUAUCAAUGGAAAGAUCUAAUAAUGAUAAUCUACCCAAAAAACCUUACCUAUUGUUAUCAAAUGGUUCAGAUCAUAAUAACCCCAAACAUGAUUUUUAUAUAGGACCAAACUCCUCUUUUUCAAUUUUUAGUCCAAGAGGCUUGCAAUGGAUCCAUAAUAAAUUAUCUACCGAUGCUGAUCGUCUAUUAAGACCCCUAACUUUUCUACAUACAAAGAUUCACGAAAUUACUUCUGGUCAAUCGAGAAAAUGGGUAGAACCAAUGAAUAAAUCAAACUUAACUCCCAUACCUUCUAAAGAUAUCACCUUUUCUCUACUAAAUAUAAUUUUCGAAGUUCAUUUCCCCUUUUAUAUCAUUGAAAAGGAUGAAGCGAAAGAAAUCUAUGAAUCCUAUUACUACAAUUUAGAUUUAAAGCAAAGUCAAAUUAAAAAUAAAUUCAAAACUAAAAAUUCAAAACAAAAAAAAAGAAUAACUUAUUCAGAUUUUUUAAUAAUGAAUAUAAUUCUCACUAUAGCUGCAGGCAUAGUCUUGGAUGCAAGAGCAGCCCAACAAAAUGCUAUUCAAAAUAACCAUAAUUCUAUCCCCGAUACUCCAAAUGAUGAUAAAGAUAAUCUAGUCUCAUUAAAUAGCUUCUUUUUACCUCACUUAUCAAAUGGCGAUUUAAAAGAAAUUGAAGAUAAACAUUCCUUAAAUGCAAUUUAUUACUUUCAUCGGGUUUCUGUAUUGGGUGACGGCUUGAAAUCGGUUCAAGCUAUUUUAUUCUUAAUCUUAUAUAACGAAUCUUCUCUAUUAUCCAAAGUCAACUACAUGCUAGUUUCAACUGCUUUAAGACUAGCUCAAGAUAUUGGUUUGCAUAGAAGAGAAACAUUUUAUGGUUUGUCCGAAAGGGAAGUCUCUAAAAGAAAAUCAAUUUGGCUCAUGUGUUAUUUCUUAGAUAGAAAUAUGUGUUUGCGAUCAGGUAAACCACCAAUUGUAAAUGAAAUUGAUGUCACAACCACUAAUCAUGAAGAUAUUUUACUUACUUUGUCUAAAAGAUUUAAUGAAAAAAUUUCAACUGUAACGAAACACAAAGCAGAAUUUUUAGAAAAGUUAACUAGUUCAGAUAUAUCAGACUUUACAAUUUGCUUUACCUACUGUCUUUGUACUUUAUCAAAAAUAACUUCAAAGGCUUAUGAUAGUCUAUUUUCUGCAACUGCAUUGGUGGGAAAAUCUUUAGGGAAUAUUAUGGAAAAAAUUCUUGAUAUAUCGGCGGAUCUAGAUAAAUGGAAAGAAUCUUUGCCACUUUCUUUCAGACCUGGAAAGGAUAUUUCUAUCUCUUUUAAAAAAAGCAAUCCUACAGAUAAUUCAUUAAUAAUUCAAUGUAUUAUAGAUGAAGCUAGAUCUCAAUUACUACUAUUGCACUUUAGCUAUUAUUUCCAUGUUAUGAUUGUAAAUCGAAUGGCUUUUAAAGUUCCAUGGAAUGCAAUGAUGAAUAAAAAACAAGCAAGUCAAGAUGAUGAAAGACAAAAUUCAACAAAUUCAUAUUUAAGAUGUUUAGAUGCUGCAAGACAAAUUCUUAGAUUGACUAGAUAUCUUUCAAAGGGAAUGACACAUAUGGUUAACGUUUGCCUAUUUUAUCCAAUUAGUGCAUUUAUUACAUUGUUUAGUUGCACCAUUCAAUUUCCUUCAUCGCCACAUGCAGUUGAUGAUAUAUAUUUGAUGAUUGAAUAUUAUGAAAAGUUUUUCUUACAUUUUCAAGAUGACAGUAUUAAUAUAAGUCACCAAUUUGUUGAUGUUAUUGUUAGUCAAUUAAUUAAAAUUGCGUUAAAAAUUUACGAAAAUUCAAAUAAGUGCAAAUUUCAACUAAGUGACAAGAUAAAAUCAUAUUUAGAUUUGACUGAGGGUCAGGUUGGUCAAAUAAUAGAGAAACGAAUUAGAAAUGCUGAAUUUAAGGAUAGUCUUUCAUCAAGUUCUAGGAAGAGAUCAAAGGAUGCAUUAAAUAAAUUGAAUGAGAAUAAAAGAAAUAUAGUUGAUAAAGAUAUAAACACAAAUAAUACAAAUAUAAAUAAUAUGAGCAAUAUAAACAAUUUGAAUAAUUUUCUGGGAAAUCCUUUAUUUGGAAAUCAGUUUUUAAAUGUCAACAACCAAGAUUUGAAUUCUUUGUUAACAUCAUUUUAUUUUGAUUCAACUGCAUCUGGUGUAUAUCCUCCAAAUUCCUUGGGUAUAUCAGGAUAUUCGCCCAAUGAUAAUGUUAAUCAAGCUCCAGUAAUAAGAUGGAAUAGCUCUAGUGGAAAUAAUAUGCAAGAAUCUAUGUCUAUGAGUAAUCUUCCCAAUGGAAAUUUUAAUAGUCCUAAUAAUUCCAACAAUCAAUUUGGCCAGUCAGGUAUAAGAAAAACAUCAUCAACUGCGAAUAUUAUCUCCACACUGAAUUCUAUUUUCAAUGCUUCAAAUAUCUCAGAUUUUGGUUUAACUAAUAGUGCAAAUUCAAUUGGGAAUAAUUUUCAAAGGAAUAUGGAGUAUCAAGAUGGAUCUAUAUUAUAUGAGCCAAUGUUUAAUCUACCUAAUUUUCUUUCUGAGGGAGCAGGUCAGACUCCAGGAAAUGUUGCGAGUAAUGAUAUGGAUAAUAAUAAUGCUGAUAAUGCUAAUAAUAACACUGGGAGCAUAAUACAUAUGACACAAACGAAUAAUAAUAGUAUUAGUGAUAAGAAGAAUAAAAAUAAUAAUGGAUUUAAUAUAUGA